AUGGAGAACAAGAUCAUUUCCUGGAGCAACACGUCUCCAGAAGCCAUCGCUGUUACUGAGGGACCUCGUUCUAUCUCUUACGGCGAACUCGUCAAAUCCGCCAAAACGAUUGCACGCUUCCUACAGGAACGAGGCGUCAGACAUGGAGAAGCUGUGGGGAUCUUGUUCGAUGUUGAUCAUCGUCAAGUUAUCGCGCAGUUAGCCAUUCUCUUUACCGGUGGAACCUGUGUUCCGAUUUCGCCCACUGCACCAUUCCAUCGCAUUGCAAGCAUGCUGAAUGAUGCCAAUGCUCAUGAUGCACCAGCGUCGGAAGCAUCCACUGAUGCAACGGACACUGGUUCCUCAUGCAGUGGAUCACGUCGCACGCACAUACUGUAUACCUCUGGCUCAACUGGCAAGCCCAAGGGUGUGCAGAUCAGCAGCUCUGCCAUAAUGCAUCUGGCAACCAGUACCCCAGUGACACCACUAAACCCCGAUGAUCGGGUGGCUGCUUUCAACGACCCUGGCUUUGACCUGAGUCUCUUCGAAGUAUGGGUCACUCUUCUCAGUGGUGCCACUAUCGUCAUUAUCCCAAAGGUGAUAGUAGUCGAUUCUACUACGCUAAAGAGCUAUCUCGAACGUCAAAAGAUUUCCAUCAUGAUUAUGCCUGCUGCUCUUUUCCAUAUCAUUGCCAAGUCAUCGCCUGAGUCUUUUCACUCUCUUCGACAUCUGCUCACUGCAGGUGAUGUUGCCAAUAAGACAGCCAUGCGCGCUGUUCUUGAGCACAACCCCCCACAGCAUCUUUGGAACACAUAUGGCCCGACUGAGUGCACAACCCUUGUGACCAUGCAAGAGGUCGAUUUGAAAGAGACAUCACUUGACCGAAUUGGUAUUGGGCGUGCUGUCGGCCAUAUGAAGAUUAUCCUCAUGGAUCAAUCUCAGCAGGUUAUUUACGAUACCAAGCAGCGAGGCGAGAUCUGCAUCGCUGGGCCUCAACAAACACAAGGCUAUCUAAAUCAGCAACCUCAUGACGAGUCAAUUUUCAUCGAUCUCAACACCCCGGUACUCCAUGGGGCCAUCGGGAACACGCAGAAUGGCUGCGGCGAUCCUCGCAGUCGGUAUUACCGAACUGGCGACGUGGCCGAAUGGAGAGAUGACGGCGGCGGCCUAGAUUUCAUUGGUCGCAGAGACAACCAAUUGAAGCACGGAAGCUUUCGAGUAGAACUUGAAGAGAUUGAAAGAAAUCUCCUCGAAAGCGAACUUGUUCAAUCCGUCAUUGUCGUGAAUCGGCCAACCCCAGAUUCGGCUGGUGUUGCGGUUCUAGUCGCGUUUGUCGUGCCAUAUGACAAAGCCACUACGAAAUUACAAGACCUGGUAUUGUUUGCCCGGAGCACGCUCCCACAUUACAUGGUCCCUGAUAGAUUUGAACUCGUUGAACAUCUCGCUGUGAACUCAAGAGGCAAGAUUGAUCGUCUUGCCUUUUCGGAGAGCCUCCCUGAAGCGGGACCACACAUCUCCAGUUCGAUCCUCACAAAUGGGAAUGAUUCCGUUUCAUCAACAAAGGCUACACUGAAGGCUGUGUGGGAGCACAUACUGGGCGUUUCGCCUGUCAAUGAUGAUGACGACUUCAUGGCCCUUGGCGCCACCUCGCUCCAAAACGCUGCCCUUAUCGCUCGCAUCAAGAAGCAUUUGGGGCGCCUCAUUUCCAUGUAUGAUCUGUACUGCCACUCGCGCUUUGCGAGCUUGCUUCAGUUUCUUGAGAGUGACGCAGAGUCCAUCACUGCACCUAAUGAUGCGGAUAAGUGGAUCAAGGACGUCGACGUGGUGGAUGAUAUAGAAGAGACCCCAAACUGGGAAGACCCAGAUGAAGGUAAAAUCUUCUUGACUGGUGCGACUGGUUUCGUUGGUGCUUUUCUACUCGACCAGCUUCUGCGUCAGCCAAAUAUUAAGCAAGUCACUUGCCUGGUUCGUGGCAAAACAGAGGUCGAAGCUGCUCAUCGCCUGCAAGUCAACAUGCGAAAAUACGAUCUGUGGCCUGAUGACUUUGCUUUCACAACCAAGAUCAUGGUAUUGCCAGGGGAUAUCACUUGUCGAGAUUUCGGUCUGGGAUCGGCCAAGUUUGACUGGCUUGCCAAUUGGUCCAGCGCCAUAUUUCACCUCGCUGCCAAGAUCAAUUUUUGCGACUCAUAUCAUGAGCACUACGAUACCAACAUCCUCGGAACUCGGAACAUGCUCCGUCUUGCUGCUCGAGGGCGACGCAAGACAUUUCACUACGUGUCUAGCAUCGAUACAUGGGGCCAGACGGGGUAUUUCCUAGGGACCAAGAGGGUCCUGGAAGACGAACCUCUCGGUCCCCAUAUUCAGGGUGUGAGGUAUGAUGUGGGCUACUCUCAGAGCCAGUGGACGGCUGAGGGAAUGGUUCGACGCAUGAGAGAUCGUGGUUUUCCAAUCAUUAUCUAUCGGCCCGGCUUCAUCAUUGGUCAUUCUGUCACGGGAGCGAGUAAUCCCAACGACCUUGUUUCACGGCUCAUUUCCAGCUGCAUCAAACUUGGUGCGUGGCUCAAGAUCGAUCUUGACCCGGCGUAUGUUACAGUUGACUAUGUUGUUAAGGCUAUGUUACACAUCUCACGCUCAACAAAGAACAUCGGCAAGUCAUAUUGCCUUGUUGCCCCACAGAUUGAAGAGUCAGUGUCUGUGAACAAGACUUGCUCUUUGAUCUGUCAAGCAGGCUACAAAGUGGAACUCACGAACUAUCCUGACUGGAUUGCACAAUUAUCUGAAAAGAUACUUCCUGAUGAUCCUCUUGCACCUGUCAUGCCACUGCUGGAAGAAAAGGUCUUGGGCAAUUUUACAAGACUUGAGGUUAGCCAGCACUCUCCGGUCUAUGACUCGAGGAAUGCUAUCAAUGCUCUUGCGGGUAGCGGGAUUCAUUAUACUACGCUGAGCCCGGAUAUAAUCAAGCGGUAUAUUGCAUUCUGGAACAAGAAGGGGUUUUACUCUAUUUAA